CGUGCGAACAGCACGUUCAAGUUGGAGCGAUAGCAUUCUAUUUGCACGGUGUUUCUUUGAGCUUCUCGAACGAGCAUUCUGCAGCCAGGACCAACCAAGCCAAGGACACCCGCAAGCGGUCAGCCACAACGCCGACCACUGCUGCGCAGUUAGUGAUGAGUCGCUGCAUCGCGAUAGAGAGCUCCCAAAACGCGUGCCUCGGCAGCCGCGGCAUGGCGCCGGUUCCGCCCGCACAGUCUCGAGCCUCCGCCGUCUACUCGGACGCGGCGGAUCCUCCGGCUAAUUCCGUCUCUUCCACGGUGGGAACCACGGCGGUGCCUUCCUUGACCACUCUUGCUGCGACCGUGGUGCUUCCGAUGGAAGACCUGGUCACCACCGAGUCGUCCGGGAAGGAGCACUUCGGCUCAGACUCGUCUGCCCGGAUGGGCGAGGCUUUCCACGACCCCUGCACGGUGUACGAGAUCGAGCAGCCGCGUCCAAUGUCGCUCGACUCGGUCAGCCUGAGCAGCGACGGCGCACCCACGUGCCGCAUAUGCUUCUUCGGAGCCGGGAGAGAGCCGCUGCUCGAGCCGUGCCAUUGCCGUGGAACAAUCGGAUUCGUCCACAGGGAGUGCCUUGAGUUGUGGAUUCGGCGCACGGUGAACCCCCAGUGCCACGUCUGCCACUUCCAGUAUACUGUCAAAAAGGAAGUAAAGCCGGCAUGGCGCUUGCUGUCGGACGCUGAAGCCCGCCGCCCAGUGCUCGGUUACCUGGUACUGGGAACUCUCUUCGUGAUCAGCACUGCCUUCGUUUUUUCUCUGGCCUGGUUGUACGCGGUGCGCCUUCCUGCCCGGGUAGGAAAUAACAUGGCCGCCGUGGUCGUAGUGCUGCUUUCAGUGCUGCACUUCCUGUGGCUCUAUUUUCCCUUCGUCAGCUUCGUGUACUCUGUCAGAGCGUACAAGAAAUGGCGACGGAGCAGCGCCUCCUUGAAGCUCGUGCUGGGAGCCGGCGAAAACAGGAGGCGACUCUGGUCAUUCUUCGGCUCCCAACGGGCCGGCAAGGGAACCCAAGAACCCGAGAUCUCCUCUGGCAGCGCUCAAUGAAGACGCCAGUGGAAGCACUCGGACGCGGAAUUGCGCCAGCCAAUGCGAGCAAUGUGGUUCUACUAAAGUAGUUUUUUGGGCAAGAAAUUAAAAGAGGACCUGCAAACCCA